CACACCGUGAAAAUCACGCGGGUGCGUUGGUUAGGAUUUCAAGAAGCCGAUAUCGAUGUCUCUUCAGAAAUUAAUUUUACAGCGGGAACAAAAUUACGUACCAGGCUAACCAUUACCGCUACACGUAUAUACUUGAUAUUAUGGAUAUCGAAUGCAAAAACGAGUUGCUUUUCUGGUGGUUCCCGUCGUUCGUCGAGACAUAACGUCGUGCGGGCUCUCACAAUUCAUCCAUCUUUGCCGCCUCAAAAUGCCUAUGCCUACUCACGAAAUGAUUCGACGGCUAUGGCGACAAUGAGAAUACCGCGCCUUUUCCAGCCGACUGAAAGUUGA